GCACGGAAGAUUACGCAGAAAAAGAAAAAUUACAUGUGCAGAUAAAAAUAGUAACAUCCGCACAUCAUCAGCAUCACAAUGGCGCACUGGUUUCACAGAAAUCCGAUUAAAGCUUCUGCUCCUGUGACAUUCGAGUCAAUUCGUCAUGUAGCGGCCAAUUCUUCCUCUUCCAAGAUGUUAUCGUGAGUUGAGCUUAAGUUAUUUUUUUUGUUAUGACUUAUAUAGGCUUACUAUUGACUGGGAUAUAAGGUUACUUAUUUAAUUCUCUUGGGAUGCAUUUAACAAAAAUAGAUUCACAAGCGCUCUUGUCUAGAAAAUUUUAAAAGUUUGUCAUAUGACAAGUAUUUGAGGACAUGUUAACUCUCGCUAGUAUUAAAAAAAAGCAGUUGAAAAGGAUCUGAAAGGAUGAAUAUAUUAUAAGUUUAACACUUAUUUUCAUGGGGCAUUUUAUAGAUUUAAUAUUGCAUUAUAAAAAAAGCUUCAUAAAGCUACCCUUUAAAUGAAUCUAACUCUCCCAGCCGUCCAUUUGUUUAGUAGGUAGUAGAAGAUCAGCAUUUUAAAAUCUGGUUUGUUUCAAAUGUUAUCUGUCAAAGUGACAGAUCUGGGCUAAACUUUAGAAUGCCCGUCCACUUAUUUGUAUUUCACUGAAUAACCAAAGUUCUUAUUGUGUUAUGCUCCAUUCCUUCACUUGAGUGGGGUUUGUACGAUUACACACUUUGAUUGGAUGAUGCAAUCAUGAAUUAAAUAGUACCACAGGUGACUGGGUGUCUUUCUGUAACCUCUGUCAUUGUAUUUUGUCAACAUUAAUUACCAUCAGUUGCAUCUAAGCGUGGACACGAGGCAAAAAAACAUGUUCUAAUAGGAUCAAUGUGUUCUGCUCAUUUAUUUAUCUCAACUAUCAGGGAUAUUUCUCGCUCAAAAUCAGCACACUAGCUUUAAACACUUGCUUUAAAGAACUACUUUUUAGAGUUGACAACUCCAGAAACUCUUCUUAAAAACUCUUGUGAUGAAUAUUUUGUUCAGCUUAAACAAAUCAAGUCAACAAACAGCAGCCUACUUUUUAUGUGAACAUUAUUCUAAAUUUAAACCACCCCAAACUUCAAAUGCUUGGCAGCAAAACAUGUCGUGUUUGCACCUAAUUAGAACAUGUUUUUUCAUCAUGUGUACACACUUAGAUGCAACCGAUGGUGUGCAUUUUUCUUUCUAGUUAUGCAGGUGAAUCUGAUUUGAGGUUGAAUUUGUGUAAAAUCACACCAUCUCAUAGAUCAGAUGCCCUGAAGGAUCCUAAUUACUAGUAUUAGCUGGCUAUCGUUUCUGCCGUUAAUGAUGGGAUUCUUUUCCUUGUUACGUUUAUUUGUUCCUGUCAUGCAUUUUUAUUUUGCUCUGCCACACUAGGCGUUGUGCUAAAAACUGCCAAUCUGGUUAGAUAAAAGGUUAUUAUAUAAUAAUUAAAUUAAUUUUUACCACAUAUAUUAUGAAGACUUAAUAAGGUUUAAUAUCCAUCCAGUGACAUUUAUCAUUUUCACCUUUACAGAGAAUUGAAGCUGGCAAGAUCUAAGCUACUAAAUUAUCUAACAGAUCCUUCAAAUGAUGCCAAGUCAAUUCAACAGGCAACAGAGAUAUACUUGUCCUUUUUCCAUGGCCUUGUUAAUGAUCCUGUUGCAGGGUCUGGUGACAGCAAGCUCCGGAAGUUAGUCAUGUUUAAAUGGACCAACUCUAUUUGUGGUAAUACACCAACGUAAGUUUCCAAAACAAUAGAUUUAGUUAGAUAGUCAGAUAAGUCAAAAUUGAUACUAUCUAUUUGCCUUCAGUUGAUUUCAGAUGUUCAAAAUAAAUUUAAUGGAAAAUAUUAUCAUUACUGAGCAAUCACUGAAGUCCAUUGCUAACACGGCACUGGCCAGGUUUAAGACUAGGAUAUUUUUUAUCUCUGGUUUUCCUCCCGGCAUACAGAGGAUUUUGCUCUCACCAUACUUAAUUUGUGGCCCCUAUCAACUUACUUUUGCCUUAAUAUGGUAGCAAAUGUCUUCGGUGCCUUGAUGCCAGGCCGAGAUGUUGAUUUAAGCAUGAGUUGGGCCCCCAAGUGAUGUUGAUGAGCUUUUGAUGACAGAUAAGUACCAUCUUGACCAGACAUUGGCCGUCACCACAGUCCCGAGCUCCAGUAAUGCUGUAUGAAACCUACAAGUCCCUCUUUUCACUCUAUGACCACAGCCGUGUUGAGUGAUGAACGUCGAUUAACGACGAGUUUAUAACUGUAUGGGGUGAGCUAGCGAAAGUCUAAAAUCUCGUUUUCUCCCUGAUGAGUGUCAUUUUAAUAUAGAUUUGGGGGGAUAACUGUGUUUGAAAUAAGCUUACAAGCCCCUCAGGAUUUACGGUAGCUGUGCUGUUUGAGUCAGUGAUUUGCAGGGUAUAAUUUUUAUUUGAAAUUAAUCUAGCAUUUUGAUGUAAUGAUAAUAUUUGGCUCAACUAUCUGCUUUGAAAGGCAUUGAUUAAUAUAACCUUAAAUUUGCAUUUUGUUGAAGGGGCUUGUUGAAGUUCUCUGUAGCAUUGCAUGGUUACUUCAUGUACACCUGUAAACUUAAAUAAUGAAGUGCUGAUCAUGAGUCACACUUUUAAAAUUUACUUUGAGUCGAACUGUUAAUUUCAAUAACAACGGAAUUGAUAACAAUGGGAUUAUUCCGAUGUGACACAGUGUUGCUUUAAUAUUUUAUCUUCUAUAGGUGUGAGGCUGACAGUGUUUUUGAACUAACAUCCAUGUGUAUUGAUGUUGCCAUUUGGUACGCAAAGUAUGCAGCUAAACUGGCAGCUAAAGGAGAGUAAGUAAUAUUAAUGUAGCAUAAUUCAAUUUGAAUGGGCCAUUUGCACAACAUUUUGACAUCUUUUUACUACUAAGACCAGAAUUCAUUUCAUUUAUUCUUUCAUCUUUAAAUUUGGUAAUCCAAGAGAGGUUUAAAUAGCAAAAGGACAGAGCGUGGCCGGCCGAGCAGUUAGAGUGCCUGUGGACUUGCAAUUCGGAGACCUUGAGUUCAAGUCCCGCCCUGACUGCUAACUGGAUUUGUUCGUGGUUUUCCCGAGUUCAAAUCCUUGACCACACUUGUAAAUAACCAGCUGAUUUGCCUCCGGCCAGUUUGAAUUCUUAACCCUGUUAUGUUUGAUUUGAAUUAAUUGUUCCAUAAAUCAGCCAUUUGCUCGGCCCCACCAGCAUGAGUGCUAUAAAUAGUAAUACUGCUGAGGGUUAAUAAUAAUAAUAGUUAUUAUUAAAAGUCCUAAUUUGCACGAGAAAGCAAUACACUUUUGUGCAAAUGGCCUAUUGAAAAAAUGAAAGCAGGAAUUUUGUGAGAUGUUUUUCUGCAUUUUAAUAUUAAGCCUUACUCUGUCUUUUUAUAUACGUUUUUUGCAAUCAGGGGUUGUUCAAUGAUACUUUUCAGUUUAAUUUACAUGUACAAGUGUCAUGUAAAUUUUGUUUUCAGUUUGAAAAAAUAAACAGCUACAACUCCUAAAUUGCUGAGUGAAAUGUGUUGGCACCUUCAAUGUUGCUGUUGUCUCCACAGGGUUUCUAUGGAUGAAGCAAAGGAAGUCCACACAACCCUUAGAACGGCAGCAGGCAUAUUUAAAUUUGUAAAGGUAUUAGUUGUUGCAGUUGUGGUGUGAAAGUGGUUUACCCUAAACUUAUGUCUUAAAUUAUUUUAGUGAUACAGUAAUCUAAUGUGAUUGUAUUUUCCAUACACAUACCUAAUUCUUUCCAUGGAAAUUUUUUCCAUGGUAAGUAAAUUUAUUUACAUAAUUAUUUUUAAAGGAAAGUCUGAUGCCACGCCUUGGUGAGUUAUCAGCGGAGAAGGGUGCAGACACUGAUCAAAGAGUGCUGGCUGCUUAUCAGAAGCAGUGUGUUGCAGAAGCCCAGGAAGGUUAGUGCUGGAGUCUUGCUUAGUGGUACAUUGUAGCCUGGGAGCAGGCUCUGUAGUAGGAUGAACUAGCAAAAAACGGGGUGAAACAGGAAAAACCUGAGCUUCGAGUGGUGGACUGGGGAAAGAGAGAAGGCACCACCUUUUCCUCUCCUUAGACUACUGCUUGGCUUGCUUCACUCUCUUAUUUUUUUUGCCCUCGUCAAUUAUUUUUUAGCCCUUUUUACCUACUAUGGAACCUGGUACCAGGCUAGCUUUAGUAUUGAAGUUAUCAGUCGUUUUGAUACAAAUUCCUUUCAAUUCAAGUCAUUUCAAUGCAAGUUUAUUUAGUUGAGUUGUAGUUUCAUGUACUUGGCUUAACCAGAAAGAAAAAUAACUCACCCAAAAUGUUUUUCUUAUUCACACGCAAACUAUACUUGAGGCAAUCAGACUUUUUGUGCAAUGUUUAUACUGCUUGAGUUCGUAUUGAAAUGACUUGUAUUGAAACAACCUUGGAUUGAAAUGACCAGUUAGCAGUAUUGAGUACCCCCCCCACCCCUAAGGAGUUCUGAGACAGAAGCCGCUUAGGAAUCGUAUAAAUAGCUGCCCUAAGAGUUUCUCCUCGUACAGAAGAUCUAGCAAGAAUGACAGUAGCUUGCCUUUAUUUUUUCCAACUGACAAGAGAGAAUGCACAAAGACUACUCCACUGCACCCACACCAAUUUGAUGUGUCAGUCCCAUUCCCUUCGGUAAGCCAUGACAGACGAAACUUCCUACUUUGUAAGACCGCAGUAUCACUCUCUAUUUGGUCAAUGAAUGUUGUUGCUGGGUGUCCCCUUGACCAUCUGCCAUGUUUUGGUCCCGAAAGUAGUUGUUGGGAAACAAUCUCAGUCUUGCUUCCACAACAGUAGGCACUAAACUCACUGCAGCUGGCAUAUUUGGAGACUUGCCGAAUUCGGAGUCAGGUCCUCCUAGACCCAGUGCCUCUUUGUCAAAUAAUAAUUAUGUGGUCAUUCUACUAACUUACAUUCAGAGCAACUGCUAGGAGCCUUGUGUAGCAGCUGUAUCCAGUUGUUUUUCUAAUGCAGUGGUAAAGGUUGAACUCUCCUACCAGGCCCCAGUACUUCAAAAGCUGGAAUGAUGUUAUUCAGGGGAUAAAUCUCUAACCAGUAGAUAAUGCAAUCGGUUUCCCUGAUAGUAGUUACAUAUGUAUCUACUGGAAAGUGAUUUAUCUGAUGGAUAGCACUAUCCAACAUUUGAACUACUGGGGCCAGUACCAGUACAGUACAAUAUAAACAGAAGAGUUUCUUUCUGCAAGGCCUGUUUUUUUUUUUUUUUCAUAAACAGGUCUUCUUAUAAAAAGAGUAUAUCUCAAAGAGUAUCUCUUAACACUAAACUACCUCAUCCAUUUCUCCCUCUUUUUAGUUACUGUGGCUCGAGCAGUGGAACUUAAACAUAAAGCAUCACUCAUCUCAGCUCUCACCUACGAGACAUCAAAAUUAUUUACUGAUGCAGGUAAGCUGAUCAUUACCAGUAACAAUAUUUCAACUAGUUCAUGUGUUCGAUGGUAAUGCUUCAUGACUGGGAUGAGGACCUUGAGCAAGUUGAGAUCUGAUCAUUACAUAAAUAGGUACUGAUUUAGCCGAUAGCGCCGUCUUUUUCAUCCUUCUUGUCCAAUUUAAAAGUGAAACCACACCUGAUAACAGAGGAGGGAUAAAGAGUCAAAUUCAUGAAUGUGAAUCUUUGUUUAAACUGCAGAAAGGCAAAUUAGCUGCUCUAGCUUAAGAUAAAAGGUUUUAUUUUACGACGGUACUAUCUUGGAACAAUGUAGUACUCAUUAGACAAAGAGCCUGUUUACAUAAAUUAUAAAUGUAUGAAAGUGGGAAACACAAGGUAGGUUUUAUGUAGGUAACCCGCUUAGGUGGGGCCACCCCUUUGUCCACAUGGUCACCCCACCUAUCAUGUAAGCACUAUCAAAUUAAAAUGAGAUUAUAUGCACAGGUGGGCUACCCCACACAAGCAGGUUACAAUACAUACCUGGGCUCCCCCACCUCAAUGUAAACAGUCUCUGACAAACCUGAGGCUGGCGAUGCACCUAAUUUAUGAAGCCAAUUAAUCUGGGAUGUACAGUUGUAUAUCCUUAGCACUGUCAGAUGACAACAGAAACAUUUUGUUAUGAAUAAAUUUUGGAUGCCUUUCUUGAACUUGCACUGGAAUACUAAGCAAUUGCAUAUAUUCUGCAUCAAACGCAAAUAAAUGUGUGCGCAAGUUGCAACUCAGUUUAGUUUUGGUGGGGAAUUUGAGGGAGAUUUUCUUUUAGCCAAUCACUGCUCACAAAGUAGAUAGUGCUCUCCAGUGGACAAUGCAAUGGGUUUUUCCCACUACUUAAUUAAUUAAUCCACUUGAAAAAGAUUUAUCGGAUGGGUGGCAUCAUCCACAAGCUUGUGAACAACGGGGUUAGAAGUGUCUUGGUUGCAAUAUACAAUACACAUCAUUUAAAGAACCUCUAAACUGACACCAUGUGAAUUUAUAUUUUUGCAGGUGACGAAUUGAAGUCUGUAGAUCCGCUCAAAGCAGGGAAAUGGAAGAAAUAUUUGGAUCUCAAAGCUGCCUUCUAUCUGUCUUACGUAAGUUCAAUUCGUUAAGCCCUUGUUACUAAACGGAAACGGUAUACCGUCAAAUUUUUGGUUUUGAAAGAAAUUGUUUGAGGAAGAACACACCAUUCGAAAUUUUAGAGAAAGACCCUUAAAGUUUCAUAGCCAGGAAAAUCUCUUCUGUCAUCGACUCGAAGGUGCAGAAAUACUCAAUCCUCAUCAAAAUUUAUGUGUUUGCUUGAGAAGAUAUUUGUUUGAAGUUUUUACACUCGCACAUAUUCUUCAUACUAUUUUUGGUUUACAAAUACUAAUCAGGGGUGGCUGCGUUGAGUUUAAGGCCCAAAUGUAUCAAGGUCCUCCUCCUCUUCCAAGAUUUCGCUUCGCCAUUAUUUCUCUGUUAAUAAUAAAAUUUAAUGUGUUCGUCUCAAGAAGGCAGGCCUUCUAGGUGGUCAGCCCGGCUGACUGGGAUGAUAAUUAUGGAGACCUCUAUUCAACGUUAAUCUUUAAGUUCUUGCUUGAAAGUGGUGUUUUAUAUGCAGAUGUUCGUAGCUGAGUUGUGGAGGUUCUUUAAAUACCAGAGGUCUGGUGUUUGUUCAUGUUCAUUGCAGGCCUACUGUUUUUCUGGAGACACUCUGCUGGAAGAGGAUCAGUGUGGAAAAGCAAUCCGUGCUUUGCGGGAGAGUGAUAAAAGUAAUUCUUGAUGUUUUUUUUCUUGUCGUUGUUAUAAUGUUCAGUUAGUAAAAAGAAGGAAAUUUAAAGAGAAGCAGCCGUUCACCCGUUCCAGACGUUCAUAAGUGAUUCGAUCUGGAACAACUUAAUUAAGAGACUUGCCAGUUACGUUAGAAAAAUAUGAUGAGCCUUAAACCUCUCACUGCUAAAGUACAUGAGGAGUCUUGUAAGGUAGUUCUAACUUUUAAGGCUGUGGACGAAAUCCUUUGAUGUGACCAUUCAAAUGAAAUCUCUUUGGCAGUACUUUCACACGGUUUUAUCAUUUUUUCAGGAACUUCUAUUUAAUGAACUUUGGAAAUUUUAUUGUAGUUAAAUGUUAAAUUUGACCACUUUGGCAGUGAUGGGCUUACUUUGUACCUCGUCUAUGGAGCAAAUGUUGGAGUUUUGAAAACUAUGAUUUCUACUGUUUUGUUCACCAAACCUUUUCUCUUACUUUUCUGUCCUCAGUGUACAAGAAGGCGGAAGCAAUAUCCCGCGAGUACUCUAGUACCAAGGGCCCUGGCACCACUGCAAGGCCCUGGGAACAUCCGUUCUUUUUAAAACUGGGCCCCAUCAUUAGGAAGAAGCUAGAGAAAGCUACCCACGAGAAUGGCUUCAUGUAAGUCAUUUUCUUGUACAUUGACCCGCCAAUAGGCCAGAGGUCAAUUUAAUAAAACUUUUACAAGUGUAAUUUUUUAUUAGUGUACAGCUGUAGCUAUUGUUUUCGGACCCUAAAACAAUACCUGCACUUAUAAAUUACACUGGUAAGAAUUUUAUUAGGUAGUUGCUAUUUCCUUUCUAGUUAGCACGGAAGACUCGAGAAUUAGAGAAGGCUUUGCGCACAGGAAAAAGGAAAAGACUCGCCUUGGGGCAGAACCUGGACCGUUGCCUAGUUAACCUGAAGAUUAAUAAAGUAGAAGGGAAUGGCGUUUCUGCUAUCGCACGAGAGACUUUGACAGGAGUCUAACGUUUACCUUUUUCUUUAGUUAUUUCCAUAAGAUCCCAGAAGAGGCUCCAGAGCUGGAGCUGAAAGCCACGCAUGGAUUAGCGAGCCCUCAAGAGUUUACACUGCCAGCACCCCAUGCCAUGUGGGGAGGCGAUACUUAUGCUGGAUUUGAUGUUUCCAAGGCUCAUCCUCCACAACCGGUAGGUCUUUUAUCCCGGGGUGAUGAGGGGGGGGGGGAGGUACCCUCUUUAAUGGCCGAUACGGGGUGGUUCUGCUUCAAAGGGGUACUUUUUUCAUGCGUCAGGUAUAUGAAAGGGUAGGGACUUCAAUUCUUGAGGUAUAUGAAAUGGAAUGGAAAUCUGUUAUUUCGGUCUGUAAAAAGGACCAAAAGGGCUAACAGAUGUAUUUUAUGUGUGUGAAAAUAUCGAGAAACAUUCUGGUUUUGUGAUGUAUUCAAAUUUAAAAGACAGUGCAUUUACAGCAGUAAAAGGGAUGCAAAGUUCUAAACUAUUUGUGGAUAGAAGAUAUAAAAGGGAUACCUUUUCUAUCAAAAAUGGUAUAUAAUAGGGUAAGGGGUUGGACCUCGCACGGAGCCUCUCCCGUAUAAAACUUUGUCGAGUAUCCGCGCGGGUCUUAGCCUACGUAGCAUGGCGGUUUUGGUUGGGCACGCUAAGUAAUAAAGGCGGGCGAGCGCAGAGAAACCGCGAGGAGAUUGGGGCGGGAGCAACUUGGCUCCCGGUUCGACAAAACCGCCAUGCUACGGAGGCUGACCGGGUCUUUUAUUGCCAUACCAAUGAAUAGCCCUUAUGCAUGUUUACAUUAGACGACUGGAUUGGAAAUUGUGAAGUUGCGACAAGGCAAUAGAGUUGAAAAGAAUACCCACGCACAAAGAGUGCAAAUGCGCAGAAUUUUGCUUACAAACGACGGAGGCUUGGUGGUGAAACAGGCUCAUCUGACGUUAUCAGGCAUAAGGGCCAUUUAAUAAAGUUAUAUUACUAUUAACUGUACCUUAUUCAUUAUCGCUAUUAGAGCUACAAUUGGUUUCCCUUUCUUCAAAAAGCAACGCUAUCUUUUCACAAAUGCCUUGGAUUUUCCCUCCCGACUCCACCCUAUACAAUGUUAAAACUCGGGAAGAAUUGUGGACACGCUGCUCACCGUUGUAUAUCGGGUCGGGGAUGGGUUGAGUUUGUGUUGUUUUAAUACGCGCCACGAAUGUAAAUUUGUCCCAAAACUUAAGUCCAUGAUUUUAGAACAAGUAGCUUGAGGAAAGGCACCACGUUGUUUGGGGAGAGUAGGAAGGGAGGAAUGUCGUUCUAAAAGGAAAAAAGCGUCUCAACUAAGUUUGUGGCUGAUUUUAGCUGGUUUACCAGUCAAUUCCAAAACCAGGCAACCCCCGGGCAUACCCCGGGUAUUUGACUGGAGGUUUGCUCCGUACAGUGGGGAGUUUGACCCUAAAUGAGGCACGACCAGUCGGGCAUUUGACUUUCCAGUCAAAACGCUGGUCAGGGUCGCAAACAAAAGGAUUUCGUAACUCAUUCCACUUUUAGCAUGUACCCCGUGUUCACGGGUUAUUGCUGCUACAUGUAUAAUCACUGGUUUGUUGGAGCAUCUGAGAGCCUUUGAAAAAGCCCGUUAAAUGUGGAUUUGCUGGAAUGAACAAUUUUAUUCGAACGAGAAAACUCCGUAUAAAACAGCUUUCUAAGACUUCUUAAGAUAUUUCUGUUUUGUUUAGUUGGGUAUUUACGUAUAUUUGAGUGAACGGUUUAACGACUGAGAAAAUUUUUGAAUAGUCGCUCAUGGUGGGUGAGGGAUAUGACGCUUUUUGAAGCGCUAGCCGUUGGGGCAUUUGACCAUCUAAAAUGCCAACAUACCGGGGAACUUGGGUGAAAAUUUUCAAAAAAGUCAAAUGCCCGGGCGUUUACCCGUUUACCGGGGGGGAGAGGUGGUUUUGGAUACGCCACUUCCACAUUUCCCACAAUGCACCUUAUUUGCCUCUCCCCCCCGAAAAAAGACUUUGCAUCAGCAUUGUUUUCAAUUUGUCUUGGGACAUCCGUAAUAACCAAGAGAAAUGAAAAACAAAGGUUAUGGAACAUUUGGGGGGGGGGGGGGGGGCGAAAAGGGGGCCUUAGUGAAAAAGGGAAAAGGGGGGGUUUUUGGGGAAAAAAAAAAACAAAUUUUUUUUUUUUGAAAAAAAACACAGAGGGGGAGGAGAGAGAAAAACCCCCCCCCAACCCCAGAAAUAACACACCCUUUAAAACCCCCAAAACAAUUUUUGGUCCGCCCCUGUUCCAUUUCCCACAAUCACUCUUUUUUUCCUCCCCCCACCCCACAAAAAAAUAUUUCACUUAGUUUUUUUUUUAAUUUUGGUGUGGCAACUGAAAAAAAAAAGGGAAAAAAAAAAAAAAGGUUGUGUGAAAAUUGGGGGGGGGGGGGGGAGCAGAUAAGGUGCAUUAUGGAAAAUGUGAAAGUGGCGUAUUGACUGGAACAUAAAUGCAACGUAUUGAUUUUUGUACAGAAAUCCCAAGGUGCAGCAGGAGAUGUCAAACCCGUCCCAGAACCUGAAGAUUCAAGUCCUGUGAAACCAGCCAACAAUUCUUCUGGCUGCGUGGUGUCUUGAACCAUCCAAAACCACAGACAUCUAAAACUAGGGCCAAACGUCGAACUUUUCAUGAGACGAACCAAAGUUAGUGAGUUAAGUUCAUGAAAAGCUCGACGUCUGGCUCAGUUAAGUUCGUGUAAAUGAGUUUGGAUCGUCAAAUUGAAACACGCUUUAUCCGUCCGCUUCAGAAGGUAGACUGUGUAACUAUUCCGCGGUUUAUUUACCAAAAAAUUAUAUAGAAUUGUUCGUUGGGACAACGAAGACUGUUCGUUAUAAACGUGCUUCCGCAAAGCGGGUUUCAACUGUACGACUGAAGACUUUUUCACGCCACAUAUUAAGUUCGACGUUUGAUCUAACAGUCUAACUUAUCGAAUGGCAAUUUGGUUCGUCUCAUGAAAAGUUUGAAGUUUGGCCUUGGUCUAAAACUUCAAUCUAAGAAAGAUCUCACGUAUCUAUUCUUUUCUCCUACACUAGUUAGAAUGGAACAGAUAUAUUACCAUGAGAGUGUUCUAAUUCUCUUUGGUUUGAAGGGGUUAUUUUUCUCAAAAAGCUUUGCAGAUUCAAUGGAAAAAAUCCCGAAAUUUUGUUUUUAGUAUUACCAAGUGUAAGUAAAGCUGAAAAGGUUUCAGUUGAUUGGCCAAACCCUAACCCACACCGGAAUAAAAUUGUAUCCACAGACUCAAAAAAUAAAACCUGUUUAUGAAUGUAAUAAAUAGUACCAUGUGAAAGUAUUGCUCGACAGGUUUCAUUUGAGAGGUUACACCAUAGGAUUGCAUCCACAGACGUAAAGUAAUGAUUGAAUGAGGAAAUAUUUUACGGAGACUUUUAUAUAUAUUAUAUUAAUCAAAAGAAAAUGAUGAUGAGCGAUGCAACACUAACGACAGGCCGAUCCAGCCCCUCUUGAAUAAUGGUUUCGCUUGUCCCCAUUUUGCUGGCAGAGCUUUCACCUGUCUGCAUUGUCUAUUCUAGGUUUUCAAGGGAUACUCUGAGAAAAUAUCCUUUUUAAUUGAUUUUUAUGGAACUUUAAUAUUUUUACUAUUUUUCCUGCAAAAUUUAUGAUAUUGAAUAUAGAGUGUAGUUUAACAUGACGUCACGGCUGCCAUAUUGGUGCUUCAAAACAAUGAAACGGUUAUCUGGGGAAUGGGGAUUUGAGUUAAUAACUAGGAAAUGCAGGGUCGAGGGGAACACACUCCUCUCCAGAUUUUGACCCUUUAUCCUCCACUGGCGGGAACAGGCAGAUUAAAUUGAGUUAUCAUUGAGAUUUAUGCAUUACUACCAGUGUUGUGAAAAUAAGUCAAUUUGACUAUUCCUGGUUGACAAGACUCAUAAUGAGCUAGCGAAUAAAAU